UGAUAGUAUAUUGAAUUGAAUUAUCAAAACAAAAACCAAAUAAAAAUUAUGGCAAUUUUUUAUUGAAUUUGUUAAUCCUAUACAUUUUUUGUAGGACAUUCCGCAAAUGAAUACGUUUGAGAGAUUUUAAGUAAAUAAAAUAAAAAAAGUUAUGUGCCAAAACCAGCAAUAACUUAAUCAUUAAAUUUUGAGAUUAAUAAAAAGAAUCUAAGACACAUAUAAACAAUUUCCAUUUUUACCAAAACAGUAAUGCAAAACUCUAGUGAGGAAAACUUUAAAAGGAACUUCAAAACAAAGAACUUGCAUUUUAAUUCAAAGACUAUAUUAUUCGUCGAUUGAACUUGCAUGCAAACAUAUACAUGUACCAUUGUAUGUAAGUAUAGUCAAAAUGGAAAAUAUCGAUGUGAACUAUGGGGUUCAUAUUAAUACGAGGCAUCAGGUAUUGGCCAAGUAUAGCACUGCUCUCAAACAGCUCCGAUCGUUUGCUGAGAGAUCAUACGAACUGCGCCCAUUUGCUUUUGACAAUUACGUGCUCUUCCAGUACUUUCAUCAUCGCACUGAUGCGUCGCUAGCAGGAUCUGCCGAUACAUCGAGUUACUUGAAUUUAUCGCCAAUGACGUUCUUGAAAAUAGAACUACUCAAUCAUAUAUUGGAUCGGAGGAGGCAAAUUUUGUAUUGGCUUUUUUACCUGCUUCUGGCUGUACUCUGCAUUUUUGUAUACCGUCAUGAAACUUCAUCGUCUGUAGCUGAGAGAAGCGUAAGAUCUAUGGUUUAUCCUAGUAUGCGUAUGUGGCGGCGAAUGACAUUGCCAUUGAUUGAACGAUUUCCACGCCUUACAGAACUGUACGAUGAAUCCUGCUUGAUGGGAAAUCCGUUCUUCCAAGUUGAUGACAUGAGUUGUUCGCCUUGUUCACAUGUAAAGUCAGUGAUUGAUUUGACAUUAGCAUUUGAAAAUGAGGAUGUUGCGAAUAAAAACAUUGAAGAAAACGAUAGGGUUACAAAUUUCAUUCAUAAAAUAAUACCUUCAGAGUAUGUGCCUUUUGUAUUCAAGAUAAGCCAUGAUCCCAUAGAACUUCAGGAUGUUUACAAUAUGUAUUUAAGUAAUCAAGAUAUUUUUGAACGUGAUGCUUUUCGUGUACAUUCGACCAAUAAAGACGUAACGAAUCUUGAAGAACUUUUCAAUCAAUUUAACCAAACAGUCUUGGCAGAAACACAUAAUCUGUGGAGAUGCAAUCGCAUGCUACCAGCACGUCUUCUUCGAAAACUUAUUGCUCGACCAUCAACUUUGCCAAGUAGUUUAGCUUUGGAGCGAUAUAUGGCUAUAGAUACACCACAAGCACAAUCUUAUACUCUACCGGACACGGAAUGCCCACAUGUCUAUAUUCAGCAAGCCCUGGGUACUCGAUUUAUUAUUUUAAGACCGACUAGUGAGUGUCGACAUCGUUGUCGCACAUUAUCCAUCCGCUUACCACAGUCAUUUAUCUUAAGUUACAAUUCAUGGUAUUGGAAACCAAUUUCGGCACCAGAUCCUGUAUCGGACUCGAUAUCAAUUAGUCUAAUUGGAUCGUAUUGUUAGACUAGUGAAAUGAUCAUUGAAUACAACUUUAUAUUAUGUCUGUUCCCGUUCUCGUUAGUUAUGCAAGUUUUAGUCAAAAGUAAUCAGAAAAACAACAAAAUACAUUGAAAUUUUUGUACGAGAACGACUUAUUAUAAAAACUUGUAACCCAGACAAUUACGGGAACUGACAUUAUAUGCAUAUUCAUACACAUAAUGUUUUUUGAAAUAUUUUCUUUUUGUUUAUUAUUUUUGUCAUUACCCUUUUCACAACAGUUCUUAAAUGAGCAUUUUAAUAUGCUGAUAUUAAAUAAUAAUUUUAUACGAAACAUAGUUUAAAAAUUUGCGCCAUGAUUCUUCCUCCGUUAUUUUAAAAGCAUUUAAAAUUUCAUAUUUAUCUGGACUGUUCAGUUAAAAUUUGGACGUACUGUAUUUCGAAUUGUAGCGCCAACGUUGUAAAGAGGCUAGUCUUAGACACAUUGGAAUAUUUCAAAUUCAUAUAAAAAAAUUUUGUUCAUAGCUUUUAAGGAUAAUAUCUCCUAAAAAUCUUAUUUAAAUUAUUAAAUUUUUAAUUUUUUUUCUUUGUUUUUUUUUUUUUUUUUUAAAU